AAUUAAGCAGACAAAUGAAAAAUACAGAAAUUAUAACAAGAUCAUCUGAAAGUAGUUCGUCGAGUGAUAAAUUCAUGGACUCAGUAGUUGUGUCAGACAUCUAUGAAAAUAAUAAGACUGUCUUAAGAAAUGUGUUGGCACUCAAUCAGUCCAUUAAAAGUAAUUUUAAACACAAGAAUCCAAUGAAUACUAGUGUAACCCAAGAGUUGACACAAUACCUGUCCACACCUAUACUCCGGCCGAUCAAUACAUAUAAGGAUUUGAAUGAAAUUGAAUGCAAACAUUUGCUGGACUUGUAUUUGGCGUCAAAAGUAUUUCAUUUCCCGAAGACUAAUAUGAAGUAUAUUCACAUCACCAAUAUUAUUGAGUUUUAUAUUAAUUGGUGUAAUCGUAUCGAAAUGGACACACAAUGUAUUGUGAGUCUGGCCAAGGAGUUGACUAGUAACGUAGAUAUUUGUCUUAAUGAUCAAAUUGCACUGGUCAAAUACGGUAGCAUGGAAAUUAGUGUAUUGAGGGCUAACUAUAACUAUGAUCUACAGACUGAGAACUGGACCAUUUAUCUCAAUAAUGAUAAUUCAUGCAUAUCUUCAGUACAUAUAUUAAAGGACGAGAAGCGAAAUCUAUACGGAGUUUACAAAAGCCAUUUCAAUAAAAUCAUACCCGAGUGGAAUUGGGACAGGGUACUUGUUGACCUGUUAACAGUAAUUAUACUUUUCAACCCGAAUCGUCCAAGCAUAAUUAACAAGGAUAAAAUUAAGUACCAGCAACAAUUGUACAUCUAUUUACUUCAACGAAUUGAGAUAUUAAAUGGUGUCGAGGAUUAUAUCGAGUAUUUUGGACCCGUUUCUCAAGAAAUGUUUCGCGAUAUCUAUAAGGAUUGA